UUAGACUUGACUGACAGUUCGCCACAGUUAUCUGACGAUGGAGAAUACAAAAUGGUAAUAGUAGUAAGGAAUGAUCUUAAAAUGGGAAAAGGAAAAGCAGCAGCUCAAUGUGCACAUGGUGCAUUAGGAGCUGCUGAAAAGGCCAUGAUGAAGGACUCAGAAACCUUAUAUGCGUGGAAAGCUUGUGGACAGCCGAAGGUUGUUGUGAAAACAGAUUCUGAACAAUCACUGUUACAGCUGGCUAAAGAAGCGUCUGCUAAUGGUUUGAUAUGCAGUAUUAUCAAAGAUGCUGGAAGAACUCAGAUAGCUAGUGGAUCUAAAACAGUUUUAGCUGUAGGGCCAGGUCCAGCCAAUUUAAUUGACAAAGUGACUGGACAUUUGAAACUUUAUUGACAGAAAGGGAAGGCAAAAGGCAGUCUGGAACUGACUUAUGAAGAAUUUCUCCGAGGAUGAAUUAAGAGAUUACAACUUGAAUGCUGGGAAAGAAGAAAACUGUUCUUCUACAUUUUAUAAUGGAUUUGAAAGUCAUUAAAUGUCUCCAAGAAAUUUAGAUAUGAAAUAUUGUAUUGUUACACAUUUAGCUACUGUAACAGAUUGUUUACACACAGUUGACACAACUUAAAAUUUCUUAGACAUACAUGUGUUAUGAAUUAUUAAAAAAAAAACAUAAAAAUUAAUAUAAAAAUUUGAUUUACUUAUUGAAAAUUCUGACACAAAGUUGCAGGUUAAGAUGUCAGAUCAUCUGAACUGGACCUCUUCAAAUUUCAAGAUCAUGUAAAGGGGCUGGCCUGGGUGAUAAAUUAAAUGAUGGAAAACGAUUUUAGUGAACAUACAUAAUAUUUUCUUAUCGGAAGCAAUUCUGUGAUACAAAGCUAGACUAGCUAGAGAACUAGAACAAUUCAGCAAAGGAUGUACAAUAUCUUAUUGGAGAGAGUAUUCUGUUUGGUAUGAAUUGCCGUAGGUAAAUUGAAAAAAAAUGAACGGUUUUUAACAAUUAAUUUGUAAGAGGAAGGUUUUUAACAAUUAAUUUGUAAGAGGAGUCAAGUUAAAGAGUGGACAACCUUGCAAGCUCUUGGUGUAUGUGAUUGAAGUUGUUAAGGUGUUUUAUUUUCUCACAUACAUAUAUCGAUGCUUUUCUGGCACAAAAUUAAGCAUGUUAAUGUUUCCAUCUUUUGAAAUAUCCUGCAGUAAUUCUUCCAUGAACAUCAGCAAUCGCAACUUUUCGGUCCUUUCCGUAAGUCUGCGGACCUUGAAUACAAUAGUAUGAAUACACGGAACGGCUACAGUAUUUUGGUCUAACCUGCGAUAGAAACUAAACAUGUAAACAUAUAGUAAUUUAAUGCUGGGAGUUUUUGACAAGUUUUUUUCUCCAUUGUAUCAAGUAAAAGUCUGUCUAAACAGGGCUCUUCCUGGGGGGAAAUUUAAGGGAGAAGUGACUUCCUCACAAAAAUUACGGAGAAGGGAAACAACCCAAUGUGUAUGCAUUAACAUGCAUGGCUAUACAUCCUUUAACUAUAAUAUAAACACAAUUAACAACACUUAUAAUACUUCUACAGUUUAUUAAUUAAUAGUAGAUCUGGCAAUGGCAUCUAAAUGUUUUUGAGCUGCAAAUAUGAAUGAAAACAAAUUAUUUUUGAUAUCUAUUUAUCAGCUAUUUAUGAGCUUUCUCUAAACAUUUGUUUAUAUAUAUUUUCAUGUAGAUUUGUUGAUAGUAAUAUGUAAGAAAAAAUAUGAUGAAUAAAUUAAUUUUACAUUUUUUACUUUCCUCACUUUUAAAAAAAGUUACAUUAAAUAUUGAAUAAUAAAGUCUGUUCUUUUCUGUUCUGAUAACAGAAACUGUAUGUUGCAAUGUCAUGUAUGUAUGUAGUUUGUGCUCAAUGUGGGUCCAUCUGCCCUUCCAGGCACUAAGAGUACGGACCCCGGACAUGUCACCAGUCAUGCCCUUAAAGUAUGUUAUAAUCUAAAGUGGUGACCUAUUUGAAUGGAAUUCAGUAAUUCACUGAAUGAGCCCAAAUAAAAUGCAAAUGUUUUAGAUUUUAUUAAUGAAAUAAUACACGGGAGGCCAAUGAGACCAUUGUAUGCAUUAUGUUGCUUAGCUAAUGAAUGUGUUGCUGCCUAAAAUAAAGGAUCAAGAAGCGGACAGGUAAGGUUUCCUGACAUAGGCCAUCGGACACACAGACAAGCAAUGAUGCUUCGGACAGGUGUUAUUGGUUUGGUGCCUCAGACAUGCAUUUCGGACAGACAAGUUCACUCCUUCCAGUUUUCAGCUCUGCCAUGGACCAUGCACUGCUUCCCCAAUCUGGUGGAUCUAGAAGAACUCCUCCUUGUCUUCGGUCUUCGAAGAUGUCUGCUUUGACCUCCCUCAGUAAUGCCUACUUUGAGAGUGCGACAUUUUUAGCUCGACUUUUUUUUUUUUGAAAAAAAAAGUA